UUUAUAGUGAAAAAUCAAAGUAGUAAGAAUUGUAAAAAAAAAUAGUUUAAACUUAGUGAAAUUGUCAGUGAGGUGGUAGACGUGAAAAACUAUUGUUAAUAAAAUAUUGGUGGCGGAAAUUGUGAUUUUUCUUCAUCGAAAUUUGCCCCACCACGUGCAACCUCGUGGUAGCUGUGUGCAGCAAAUUUUUCCUGGUGAAAAUCCAGAGCUGACUUGCGACACUGGAAAAAUUUUGUCCGUUCGACCACGGAUAUUUAGUGGACGGGCAGAUUGCCCUAAUUUUUAUAUUUUUUCUACUAUUUCAAGGUGCGUACAGGGAAUCACAAUCAAUCCAUUUGAGCUUGAGGGUGGGCGCUGAUUUUCGCUAUCAUUUUUUUCUAUUUAAAAGGUUCGUUGGAAAAGGCACAGCUUGUGCAAGUGAUCUGGAACGUGGGGAUUUUAAUAUCUUUGUAUUUUCUUCUCAUUGAAAGGUGCGUACAGGGAAUCACAAUCAAUCCAUUUGAGCUUGAGGGUGGGCGCUGAUUUUCGCUAUCAUUUUUUUCUAUUUAAAAGGUUCGUUGGAAAAGGCACAGCUUGUGCAAGUGAUCUGGAACGUGGGGAUUUUAAUAUCUUUGUAUUUUCUUCUCAUUGAAAGGUUUGUGUGAUUGCACAUAAUUUGGUCCUUCGUGGACAGGGCCCAGCGCACUCAAUUGCAGUUCACCCCAGAUUCAAGAUGGCAUCUAUCGAAGCCAAGCUAGUUCGAUGCAACCUCCUGUCAGCUAUCGGCCGCAUCGAAGAUUACAUUGACAGGCUCAGCAAUGAAGAGAGGGAAUUCAUUGGGUUCAAGGGCAACCUGGAGACGCAGAUCAAGAUGGUGCGUUCAAUUAGGGAGAGAUUCGAAUCAGUGCAUGCGACUGUCACGGAUCAAUUGGAAGGGGAUGCAUUGGUGCUGGAAGAGAGGAAGUAUGCUCAGUCAUUCUACGCGAGAUGUGAUAAGCUGAUUGCGGCAAUCGAGAAGAUCAUCCUAGAGCUUCCUAGCACUUCGAAAGAUGAGGAGGAAUCCAAAUCUGCUUCGGCUACCUCAUCCGACCUCAUGCGCUUCAUUACAUCCUUCUUGGCACAAUCGGAACAGCGUCACCAACAGCAAAUGGACUUGCUCCUCAGCACUUUAUCAACAAACGCAGCAAGUACCAAUCCAAAUAGAUUUGCCCCUCCUGUCAAUAAACUCCCUCAAAAAGACCUCCCGCAUUUUGAUGGAAAAUUUAGCUCAUGGAUUUCAUUUAAAGACCGCUUCACGGCCUCAGUUAUUAAUUUCCCUGGUAUCAGUAAUGUUCAACGCUUGGAUUAUCUGAAAUCCGCUGUUUCUGGAGAUGCAUACUCCGCGAUUAAAAAUAUUUCCAUCACGGAAGACAAUUUUAAAGUUGCAUGGGAUAUCCUGAUUAAUAAAUUCGAACGCAAAAAUGAUAUUAUCAGUGACAAUAUCAAAGCCUUUUUUGCCAUGCCGCGCAUCACUGCCAAUAAUCCCAAUGCUAUUCACGAAAUCACAAACAUCUUUAAUGAGUCCACCAUGGCUUUGGACGCCAUGAAAGUCACUCAACGGGAUCCCUGGCUUAUCCAAUAUGCUCUUGACCGUUUGGAUUCGGAGUCGCGCAUUUUGUGGGGUCGUAAAAUAGGCAAUGAAGUGCCCAAUUUGAAGAUGUUUGGUGAAUUCCUCAAUCAAAGAUGCAUAGAUCAGCGGAACGCUACUCCAAUACCCACUAAGCCCAGUCAAAGUACCACACCUAACUCACGUCAAUCUCACAAUAAAUCUAUGCCAUCGCGCAAAUCCGCCAAUGCUCUCGCCACCUCAGCCACUUCCUCCAAUUGCCGUCUCUGCCAAGAAUCGUCACAUGCCUUAUACAAAUGUGCAAAGUUCUUGAGCCUACCCGUGGAGGAGAAAUUUCAAACCGUUAAAAGACUCAGUCUGUGUAGGAAUUGUUUUGCCACCCAUUUGACACACACCUGCACUUAUCAUAAAUGUUCAAAAUGUCAUAUGAGGCACAACAUUUUACUGCACGACCAUUUUGCCUCUGCUGCGGAUGAUCACCCUAGGCCUCAAGCGCCUAAUAAUGGGAUGUCUGUUAAAAAGUCAUCCGAUUCUCUGUCGGAUGGCGGUGGUUCGCCUUCGGUUCUUGCCUUGAGUUAUUCACAUAAGAAUCAACCUGCCGAUUCUCCUCCGAAAGUCUUCUUAGCGACUGCCCUUGUGAAUGCUCUUACAUCAGAUGGAGAACCUAUCCCAUGUCGUCUUGUCCUAGAUGGCGCCGCUCAAAUAAAUAUCAUGACUUUCGAUUUGUAUUCUCGUCUCAAUCUUCCAAAAUUCUCUACGAGCUGCAACGUUUCGGGAAUCAACGAAAGUCGUUCCAAGGCAAAGUUUUAUGUUCAGAUGACUAUCCUUUCACGGACAUCUGACACUGCGUUCUCAUUCAAGUGCUUCGUGCUGCCCAAAAUUACAGGAGAUAUUCCAAAUUGGAAAGUUGACACAAAGGCUAUUCGACUGCCCCAUCAUAUUCAGUUGGCUGAUCCCGCAUGGUCAAAGCAGCAUCCGGUCGAUUUAUUGUUGUGCGGCAAUCCCUAUUGGGCCAGCUGGCUCACUGAUACCAUUCCUCUGGGACGCGGUCUCCCUCUUCUCAAAGAGACAGUGUUCGGAUAUGUUGUCGUUGGAGAACAUGAACCAGUACCUCCUCCUGAUGACCUAGAUUCUGUAUGCUUGUCCACUACUGCUCUCAAUGAGACUCUACGACGCUUCUGGGAGAUCGAAAAUUUGCCUACUGACGAAGACGUUACUGACGAUCAACGCGCUGCUGAGCAUCACUUUGUGACCACCCAUUCUCGCAAUUCAGAGGGUCGCUUUGUAGUCCAACUACCAUUCCGAGAAAAUCCUAAUGUCUUAGGAGAUUCACGAUCUCUUGCUAUUCGUCAACUUCUAGCACUGGAACGGAGAUUUCAAAAGAAGCCUGAGCUUCGAACACUUUACAAUGAGGUCAUGAAUGAACAGCUCAAGCAAGGUUGGGUUGAGCCUGUUCCUGCGGGGUCUUAUUCCUCACCUACUUACUACAUGCCUCACCACGGAGUGCUAAAAGAUUCCACAACCACCAAGCUUCGCAUUGUCUUCAAUGCAAGUGCAAAAACCUCUAAUGGUCUCUGUCUCAAUCAUUUGCUGCGAGUGGGCCCGACGGUCCAACCUACUUUAGCAGAGACCCUCUUGCGCUUCCGGCGUUGCCAAUUUGCACUUACAGCAGACAUCAGCAAAAUGUAUCUGCAGGUGGUUUUAGAUCCGUCACACUCAGAUUUUCAGAGGUUUGUGUGGCGCCCUGAUAAAUCUCAACCUAUACAAGACUACAGAGUCACACGCGUCUGCUUCGGUGUCGCCUCUAGCCCUUUUCUGGCCACCAGAGCCCUAUUACAGUUGGCCCAAGAACACCAACAGUCGCAUCCGCUUGCAUCCAUGGCUCUCCGGCGUUCAUUUUAUGUUGACGACUGUCUUGUAUCUACCGAUUCCCUCGAUGAAGCCAUACUCAUUAAAUCCCAGCUCAUUGAUGUGCUCCAGAGUGCAGGAUUCCAACUAGCUAAAUGGACAAGCAAUCAGUCUCAGUUGAUGCCCUCCUGCGUUGCUAAUUCCAGAGGUGAUGUCAACAUUGGGGAGUCCUUGUCAAGUGCUCUCGGCCUUAAAUGGGAUCCACACACGGAUUGUUUCAAGUUCUACUCCCCAAUAUCUCCAUCAGAGGAAUGCAAAACCAAAAGACAGAUGACUGCUGCAAUAGCACGCUUAUUUGAUCCAAUCGGUCUCGUUGGCCCAAUCAUCGUUGUAGCCAAAAUCCUUUUACAGGAUGUUCACCGCCAAACCAAGGGAUGGGACGAUGAAUUCCCAACAGAGAUAUCAAAGUCUUGGCAAGACUAUGUGAUCAAUUUGCAGCAUAUUGAUGAAGUCUCUGUCCCCAGAUGGAUAUCCUCUAUCGCUAAUCCUAUCAGAGUGGAGCUACACAUUUUCUGUGAUGCAAGCCUCAAAGCAUAUGGAGCAGCAGCAUAUAUUGUUACACAGGACUCCGCGGACAAUCGAUGCUCCCAGUUAUUGACAUCCAAGUCCCGAGUUGCGCCUCUUAAACCGCAAUUGACGAUCCCUCGUCUCGAGCUCUGUGGAGCUCAUCUGGCUGGAGAAUUAGCUCGCAAAAUCGAAACUAUUUACAAUCCUGCUGAAACUCAUUUCUGGUGUGAUUCUAUGGUCGUGCUGCACUGGUUACACAGUACUACGGAUAAUUUCAAAAUAUUCAUCGCGAAGCGUGUCAAGGAGACCUUAGCAGUGUCGAAAACGUCUCAAUGGCGCCAUGUUUCCACCAAGAUGAACCCAGCAGAUCUUAUCUCGCGUGGGGCUUCUCCCAGACAACUUUCCGAUUCGUCGUUGUGGUGGAAUGGACCGUCAUGGUUACUAGAAUCUCAGGAGUCGUGGCCUCCAGAGUUCAAUAAGGAUUCAUUUCCUCACACAGACCCUACAGUACUAGUUGAGACGUCAUCGGGCGAGGAACGGUCAAUUUUAUCCAAGUUGUUGGGUCAUGCUUCCUCUUUGGACAAGUUGCAGCGUCUUACUGUGCACUGGCUUCGGUUUAUCAAGCAAUCAAUACCGGAGGGAAGUCGUCAUUCGGGACCAAUCUCUGCUGAAGAAUUGGAGAAAGGACUCAAAGUCCUAAUUCGUAUGGACCAGACUGAAAAUUUUCCGGGCCUAAUGAGACAUCUUACUGCCCAGAAAACUGUCAUGAAUUCCAAAUGGAAACAGCUUGGGUCCCUCACUCCGUUUGUUGAUCCCGAUGGUAUCAUCCGUGUUGGUGGGAGACUGGAGCAGUCUGAUGAAACCUUUUCAACCAAGCAUCCGAUUAUCCUUCCUAAGUCUCGCUUAACCGACCUCAUCAUUGAAAAAGAGCACUUGCGGCAACUUCAUGCGGGGCCGUCGCUCCUCUUGGCUACAGUACGUCAGAGGUUUUGGCCUAUCGGAGGUCGUAAUUCUACCAGAAAGAUAAUCCGUCGCUGUGUAAGAUGUCGCCGAGCAAAUCCGAAGCCACUCACUCAAUUGAUGGGUCAACUGCCUCAUCAUCGGGUUAAAUAUUUUCGUCCGUUUCAAUCUACUGGAGUAGAUUUUGCUGGACCCAUCCAGUAUCGUCCAUCGGUGCCUCGGGGAGUGGCCCAAAGAAAUGUCGGACUUUGCAAAGGAUACAUUGCCGUCUUCGUGUGCAUGGCCAGCAAAGCCGUGCAUCUUGAAUUCGUAACGAGUUUAUCGACUGAGGCUUUUCUGGCAUCUUUUCGCCGCUUCGCAGCGAGACGGAAUACACCACGCAACAUGUUUUCCGACCAUGGGAAAAACUUUGAAGGUGCAGCACGUGAGAUAGCUCGUUUGUACCAGCAAGAGCAAUUUCAACGAGAGAUUCAGUCACAAACUUCUGGCGAUGGUGUGAUUUGGCAAUUUAAUCCACCAAGGGCUCCCCAUCAUGGUGGCUUGUGGGAAGCAUGUGUGAAAAGCGUCAAGCAUCAUCUCACUAGAAUCUCUCAACAUGCGACUCUUUCUUAUGAGGAAAUCUCUACAGUUUUAUGCCAGAUAGAAGCAAUUCUAAACAGCCGCCCAAUUUGUCGUAUCUCUAAUGACCCUAAUGAACUAUCAUUUCUGACCCCAGGGCAUUUUCUCACUGGCGCACCAGGAAAUGCUCCGCCAGACCCUGAUGUUAUCCAUGUUCCUGUGAACAGAUUGUCUUGUUGGCAGUUGUGUCAGCAUCGAGCUCAAACGUUUGGCCAAAAGUUUAGAGUCUUCUAUUUGAACACUCUCCAACAACGAAACAAAUGGAGGUGCGAUCAGCCAAACAUUGCCCCACAGGAUGUUGUGCUUAUGCUGGAUGAAACACAGACUGGUAGCAAAUGGAUAUUGGGUCAAGUGGAAACGGUCACAUCUGGAAAGGAUGGGCGUGUACGCGUCGUUUCAGUGAGAACUCCACAAGGACUUUAUGUGCGCCCGAUCACAAAAAUUGCACGGCUUCUUGAUGAGGAUCCAGAUGUGUGCUCCAACCAAUCGACAGAUCAGUCGGAGCACCCGGGGGAGAAUGUUUAAACCUUUAAGUUUUGGCGGGAGUUGCAAAUGAGUUGCGUGCGACGCGCGCCAAAUAGCUUGCCAGCGAAUUAUCUGACCACUCCAGAAGAGCAAGUUUUCUAUCACUCCCAAAAAGAUCCCGUUUUCCAAUUCCCACUUCCUCAUCACUUUUCCCAUCUAACUUCUUUUUUCAUCAUUUAGUCUUGAAGUAUUAAGUGGCCAGAGAGCAAAGAAAUUUAUAGUGAAAAAUCAAAGUAGUAAGAAUUGUAAAAAAAAAUAGUUUAAACUUAGUGAAAUUGUCAGUGAGGUGGUAGACGUGAAAAACUAUUGUUAAUAAAAUAUUGGUGGCGGAAA